AUGAUAAGAGUGAGCUUCAUGGGGAAUCGAGCACUGUCUGGUGCAAUCGCUUUCCACUGUCGUUUGGUUCGAGUGACGGGUUUCAGUCGCCUGCAUGCUGGACGAGUUCUGAAUGUAUCUGAUUCUGAGAGAGCUGCUGAGAAGGAGCUGAAGCAACGGUUUGCGCCGUCUUGUGAGGAUCACUCGCACGACCAUGUUCAUUUGCGCCAGUCUGAGACGGAGGAGAACGAUUCAAUGAUAUUGGGAUCAAUGCGUCAUCGGAAGGCUCAGCAGGCUCAAUUGCAGCAGCAGCAGCAGCCUGAAAAACAUUCAAGUUCGCAUUCACAUUCACAUUCCCACUCUCAAUCCCAUUCGCACUCGCACUCUCACAUGGCGAUCAAUCCCAUGCUGGUCAUGAGCAAGGAGCAAGUCAAGAGAAAUCCUGGGGUUCGGAUAACGUGGAUAGGCCUUGCCAUAAAUGUUGGGCUUGCGCUGGGCAAGUUCGCUGGUGGUUUUAUCUUCCAUUCGCAGGCUCUGAUGGCAGACGCGGUCCACGCUGUCAGCGAUAUGGUCUCAGAUUUCCUAACCUUAUUCUCGGUUGGACUGGCGUCGAACAAACCGACGUCUGAUUAUCCGUUUGGCUACGGGAAGAUCGAAACCGUUGGCUCCUUGGCGGUUUCGACGAUACUGGCUACAGCGGGUUUAUCUAUUGGAUGGACAUCCUUAUGUGCGAUCGUGGGUCCUAUCGUUCCGCAUACAGUGAUAGAGACCUUGGCGACGUACAUCGGUGAGUCACAUUCUCAUUCGCACUCUAUCACCAAAGAGGUUACUAACGUGAACGCAGCAUGGAUAGCUGGCGCUUCUAUCGUUGUCAAGGAGUGGAUAUUUCAAGCGACAAAAAAGAUAGCGGUUCAAACGAACUCGAACGUUCUUAUGGCCAAUGCCUGGCACCAUCGGAUAGACUCGCUGACGUCCCUAGUGGCUUUAGUGACGAUUACUUCUGGCUAUUUUUUCAACAUCCAGUCGCUCGACGCAUUUGGUGGCCUAAUAGUCUCAGGGCUUGUCAUCAAAGCUGGCGGUGAAGGUAUGUUGAGCGCACUGAGAGAAUUAGCCGACCAGUCUCUGCCAAGGGACGAUGACCGCUAUCUGGAAGUGGAAAGUGCAAUUAACGAUGCGCUUGGAAAACUCGUCUCGAACAAUAAUGCCGGCCGCCCUUACGCAAUUAAGGAUCUAACGGUUCUGCCCUCCGGGCCCAAUCUGCGGGCCAAUGUGGUUCUAGAGACCCCCUUGCAAAGGUGGGACAAUGUACUUGAUAUCAAAGAGUUCGAAAUUGUUAGCGAUCACUUACGGACGAUACUGUACAGGGACAUUCCUGCAUUAAGGAGGUUACAUAUCGAGUUUGUUGAGGAAGCUACUGAAGAGGACGACUCUCCAGAGGACCAGCAGGCUCCAAGCGGUCACCAUCAUUCGCACUCAACAUCGAGUGAGACGCACAAGCACUGA